AUGACAAGUGAAUGUAAUUGCUGUGAUCAUUCAUAUACGCCUCAUUUUCGUUCAACAUGGGCAAGAGCUGUUUAUAAUAAAAUACAAAAUGAUCGUUGUCUAGAAGAUAUUGAUCAUCGUAUAUGGUAUAAAUUAGAAAAUAAUAAUUUAUUAUUAGAAAAUAUACGUCCAUUAUUUAUUCAAUUUAAUGAAGAUAAUGAUACAAAAGAAUUUUUACAAAAAAGUUAUGAAAAAUCAGAAUGGUUAUUAACACAAUUAUUUCAUAGUGUUGUCACAUCAUUAUUAACAUUAUUUCUAACGCGAACAUCGACUAAUGGACUUCUUGGACGUGGUUCAAUGUUUGUUUAUUCAACUGAACAGUUUAGCUCGUUACUUGAUAUUAUAAGUAAUAGUGAAACAAAAAAAUUUCAGUCACUACUUGACAUUGGUGCCAGUGAUGGUACUGUGACAUCGCAAAUGGAACCUUUAUUUAACCAAAUUUACGUAACAGAAAUGUCAUCGACAAUGCAGUGGCGAUUAAAACAACGUGGUUAUACCGUAUUAGAUACUGAUAAUUGGCAAGACUUAAAAUUUGAUGUUAUUACAUUAUUAAACGUUCUUGAUCGUUGUGAAAAACCUUUAACAUUAUUAAAAAAUAUUCGUGAACAUUUAAAUGAAACAAAUGGUCGUCUCAUUGUUAGUAUUGUACUACUAUUUCAACAAUAUUUUGAAUAUAAAAAUGAUCAUCGACCAUCGGAACAAUUAAUAAUUGAUGGAAAUACACCAGAAGAACAAAUCAAUAGUUUUAUACUUAAUGUAUUUCAACCAAGUGGUUUUAAAUGUAUAAAAGUAACAAAAUUACCCUAUUUAUGUGAAGGUGACCUUGAACGAUCCUAUUAUUAUUUACCAGAUUACAUCUUUGUACUCGAAAUCGAUAAGUAA